CGCGCCAGUAGCACGCGACGUCAGUAGCUCGCGACUGUGCUGUUCCCGGCUCGGGAUUCCGAGCUUACUCGCAGCAUGUCGGUCAUCUUCGCCCCUGACUGGCUUCGCGGCAAGGCUAAGGUCAACCAGGAGACCAUCCAGCGGCUCCUGGAGGAGAAUGACCAGCUGAUCCGCUGUAUCGUGGAGUAUCAGAACAAGGGCCGAGCGAACGAGUGCGUCCAGUACCAGCAUGUGUUGCACAGAAAUCUCAUUUACCUAGCUACCAUCGCAGAUGCCAACACAAGCAGCCUCACGAAGGCAGUGGAGUAACUCCAGGAGGCUGUUGCCAGGACCGACUGAAGGGGACACAUCUCCUGUGAAAU